AUGGACGAGUAUCGGCUAGAGGCGGAAGCCGGGAGCGAGCUCGCGGCGUUGGUGUUGUGCCGUGUCUUCAUCAAGGGCAAUGUCGCCCCGCCAAACGCGCCGCGUAACCCGCCGUCAAUCGCGCCGUCUUCGCCGAACGUGAGCGCCGCGACUGUCUCACGACCGAUGUCGCCCGCGCCGUCGCUGACGCUCGGGGCCUUCGCGGAGCAUGUUACUAUGGCGAAGGGACAGAUCGUCACGGACGAUUGCGAUGCUGUCAACAGUGUGAUUCAAACGAAGCAGAUGACUGUACCGGGCGCGGCUUCUGCACCGGCGAUGGGUGGCGGCGACGAGUGCGGCCAGCGGUUCGUCGAUCUUCUCCUCGCGAAAGACGAGGUCGAGAGCGGCACGACCGGUGGUGAUUAUAAAGGAUGUGCUGAUGACGAGGAGCGCAUGCUGCUAAACACGAUGAUGGACGCGAUUAUAAUCGACGACGGGGAUCGGUCCGCCAAAUCCGGAAGCGACGACGUGACUGCGUCGGUGCAGCUUGUAUCGGAGGCUUUCGUCGACUCUUCGGUGGAGGAUUCGGGAAGGUUCGUUUCGGGGAGCGGCGCGAGCACGAUGGAUGCGGAGGAGAGCGGGAGAUUCGGGGGAUUCCAGUCGCAGCACGGCAGCAACACGGACCUACCUGGUGCUUGCAACGGCAACAGCAACAGCGCGUUCGAGAAAUUAUCGUCGGCAAGCUAUGAGAACAUAAGCAUGGCUGAGUCUCAGUGCGCUCCGGCAGUUGCGGGAACCUGGAAAGUUCCUCGCAGUCCUCAAAUGGUUUCCACUGACACUGUCGGCCCAAAUGCUGGCGUAAAUGGCGGCGCAACUGGCGGCGCCAUUGGCGGCGCGUGCGCUGCUGCUGUCGCCACGCCAUCACUCGCCUCGGGAUUCACGGCGGCGGAUCUGGAGCAGCCUAUGUAUCUGCAAGGGGAUGAUGACGUCACCAUCAAGGGGGCUAUCCUUCGGUAA